UGGCUAGUAUUCAACGUUCAUUUUCCAUCUUACACACCCAACUCGUGUUCUCCCUGUUUUUUUAUUCUUACCAACUGUUUCUUGAUUUCUUGAAGUUAGUUUUCCCCUUUCAUCCCAAAAAGAGGGAAAAGUUUCGAUCUUGUUGUUUGGAGUAAUGGUGGGUGCUCUGUUUGUUGUUGGCUCAUCGGUGAUGGAUUCAUGUUUAUGUCUGGAUGCUCACACUAGGACCAGGAGCAAGAAGAAGAUCCUUGGCAGUGCCAGUGCAAGAAAGAUGGAACUAGGGAGCUCCUUUACUAGUUCAGGCAUUGUUUUCAGGAUUUCUUCGAAGAAGCGUGUCCCAAGGAUUGCGAAUCGAAGAAAGAAGCUCUUGAUUGUGAGUGAGGACGUUGCUGGGAACUACGAUGAUACCUUCGGCGAUGUCAAAACGAACCUUGUUAACUAUUUCACGUACAAAGCUGUGAGGACGGUUCUUCAUCAGCUCUACGAGAUGAAUCCUCCUCAAUACACUUGGUUCUAUAAUUACGUCGUAUCGAACAGACCAACCGAUGGUAAACGAUUCCUCCGCAAACUCGGCAAGGAAAAUCAGGAGCUUGCAGAAAGAGUGAUGAUCACGCGUCUCCACUUGUAUGGCAAGUGGAUCAAGUGUUGUUGUUGUAUCUGUAGAAAUGCGACCAUGGGAAGAUAUACCAAGAUAUAUCGGAUGAGAACUUGGCGUUGAUGCGUGAACGCCUCAUGGAGACGGUGAUAUGGCCUUCCGAUGACUCGAGCUCCGAGGUUAUUGGCUGAAGAAGGCUGUGUCACAAACGCAGCAUUUACUUUGCUUUCGUCAACUCGCUUCACAAUUUUAGGAUCUUGAGUUUCUUUUAGUUUGAUUUACAUAUAAUGAAUCAUUAAUGAUACAGUCAUUGAGCAUUGUGUAUAUCAGUAUAUGUAUCUAUUCUUUCUUGGCAUGUACUAUUUAUGACAAUAGGGAAAAAAACCUAUACCCUUCUUGUGCU